AUAUCCCAAUGUGAGCACAAUUAGGCACCUAUUUAUAUACACGAACACAGGUACAUAUAUAUUGCAUAUACACAGCUUUUUGCUCUAUAGAGAGGAUAGAGAUGGAGAAGGCAAUUGAAAGACAAAGGGUUCUGCUCCAACACCUACGCCCUUCUCACUCUGUUUCUUCCCUCGAAGGCGUCGAUUCAUCUAUCUCGGCAUCUGUAUGUGUUGCUGGGGACAGUGCUGCAUAUGCAAGGACUUGUGUUUAUGGAGAUGAUAUAGUCAUCGUUGCUGCAUAUAGGACACCUAUUUGCAAAUCUAAGAAGGGUGGCUUCAAAGAUACUUACCCUGAUGAUUUACUAGCCUCUGUGUUGAGGGGGCUGAUUGAAAAGACUAAUUUGAACCCUAGUGAAGUUGGGGAUAUAGUUGUGGGUACUGUCUUGGCACCAGGCUCCAUAAGAGCAAGUGAGUGCAGGAUGGCUGCGUUUUAUGCGGGAUUUCCUGAAACUGUUCCGAUUAGAACUGUGAACAGGCAAUGUUCUUCUGGUCUUCAAGCAGUUGCGGAUGUUGCUGCAGCCAUUAAAGCUGGAUUUUAUGACAUUGGAAUUGGGGCUGGCUUGGAGUCGAUGACUAUAAACACCAUGUCAUGGGAUGCAUCUAUCAAUCCUCGAGUUAAGAUUUUUCAACAAGCUCAAAAUUGUCUUCUUCCCAUGGGUGUUACUUCUGAAAAUGUUGCGCAUCGCUUUGGUGUGACAAGGUCAGAGCAAGAUCAGGCCGCGGUUGAGUCGCAUAAGAAGGCUGCCGCUGCGACCGCUUCUGGAAAGUUUAAAGAUGAAAUAAUACCAGUGACUACAAAGAUUGUCGACCCAAAAACUGGAGAUGAGACUGCUGUUACGAUCUCUGUUGAUGAUGGGUUUCGGCCAAAUGCCAAUAUCAACGACCUUGCGAAGUUGAAACCAGUGUUCAAGAAAGAUGGGACUACCACUGCUGGAAACUCUAGUCAAGUUAGUGAUGGGGCUGGUGCUGUACUGCUCAUGAAAAGAAGUCUUGCAAUUCAGAAAGGACUUCCAGUCCUUGGUGUAUUCAGGACCUUUUCUGCUGUUGGUGUGGAUCCUGCUAUAAUGGGUAUCGGUCCAGCGGUUGCAAUUCCAGCUGCAGUCAAAUCUGCUGGACUUGAACUUGAUGAUAUUGAUCUCUUCGAGAUCAAUGAAGCAUUUGCAUCACAGUAUGUAUACUGCCAAAGGAAGCUGGGGCUUGAUCCAGAGAAGAUCAACGUGAAUGGAGGUGCCUUGGCGAUUGGUCAUCCUCUGGGUGCUACAGGAGCUCGAUGUGUUGCAACUUUGUUGCAUGAGAUGAAGCGCCGUGGUAAAGAUUGCCGCUAUGGUGUAGUUUCCAUGUGCAUAGGCACUGGCAUGGGCGCAGCUGCAGUCUUUGAGAGAGGUGAUGCUUGUGAUGAGCUCACUAAUGCGCGGAAAGUCAAAACCAAUAGUCUCUUGUCCAAGGAUGCCCGGUAGAACUAACUUCCUGGUAUUUUGAAAGAAUGAAUAGUUAUUUCAUGAGAUAUGAAAGAACAUCAAAAUGAAUAUGUAAAAUUUUCCAUUUCCAUUUCAGCUCUAUACGGUCAUCGUUGUUGUAUGCUGAUUAAUAACAAUAUGUUCUUAUAAUAAGUGUUAUUAUUACUGAUAUUGCUAAAUAAAGAUCCACAUUUAUG